AUUGGGGCAUGCGCAGAAAAACUGCGGGUGCGGGGGUGACGGCUCUGGCGGGCCCUUAAACUAGGCCUUAUCUUUGAGAUCCCCUGCUCGUUUAAAGAAAGCAGCCGGCAAUCUCGAGGAGAUGAGAUAAGGUUCUGGCUCCCGAAGCACAGGUCCAGCGCGGGUGAGACCGGACUUCGGCUCCGGGAAUCUGCAGUCUGCUGCAGGAGACUGCCCUCGCCCCACAAAGAGCCUCCUCCGAGCGAUAGCCGGGAAACCCUUCCCGAGGUGAGGACGAGGGCCCUGCCUUGCGAGAGCUCCUCUAAAGAUGACUCAAGACCAGCCUUUGCUUGCUGUGCAGGAGGCCCUGAAGAAGUGCUUUCCCGUGGUGGAGGAGCAGCAGGGCUUGUGGCAGAGCACACUAAGGGACUGCCAGCCCCUCUUGACCUCCCUCAGCAAUCUGGCUGAGCAGCUGCAGGCGGCGCAAAAUCUGCGAUUUGAGGAUGUGCCGUCACUCCGGUCCUUUCCAGAUUUGAAGGAGCGGCUGAGGCGCAAGCAGCUAGAGGCUGGUGACAUUGUCCUGGACAAGCUAGAGGAGAGCCUAGCCGCCCUCCUCAAGGUGCGUGACACUGUCAGCAGCCACGUGGAACAAGUGCUUCAGAUCUAUGAGCAGCAUGCAGACACGAUCAGCAUUGAUGCUGUCCUGCAGGCUUCAGUUGUGAGCCCGUCUGUGGCCGACAUGUUGGAAUGGUUGCAAGAUAUCGAGAGACAUUAUCGAAGUUCCAAGGUACCUGAAGAGAAAGUACCUCCUGUCCUCAAUCCAGUGGGAAGACCUGGCGAACAUCCAAGCUUUGCCCAAGGCCUGGGACCGAAUUUCAGAAGACGAACACCAAGACCUUGUGCAAGAUAUCCUCUUGAAUGUUUCCUUCUUCCUGGAAGAGUAAAGAAGCUGUGUGUUUAUCUGGAGGCCAGGGGGCCACAGUUGAAGACUGACGGUGUGGCGCUCUGGUAUUUCUAAAGAAAUGUCAGUAUCGCCACCUGACAUAUUUGAAAAAUCAGUGUCUAGAGCCUGAGGACUGGCUCUUGGGAGGAUGAUGCCGUAUGUUUCUGACACUGGGGAUUCUCUCUGCCAGGUCAUGGCUGAGGGUACAUAGCCACCCCUUGCCCUUUCCUAAGGCUCAGGGGAGUGGGUGGAGGCAGAGAGAAUGGUGGGAAAGCAGUGCAGAAGAACACUGGCAGCAGAAACGGCAGCUACAGAAGUGGUAGGGAACGAAAGGACAGGGUAGAGGGUGACACCAGCCUUGGCAUCAUCCAGAGCUCUGAGCCUGGUUGACACCAGGUCCUGGUUUUGUGUAUUUGUGUCAGUAACCAAUUCCUUGAAGAAAGAGAAAGUGAUUUUGAUGAUUAAAAGAAAUAAUUUUGAUGGAAAACAGUAAUUAUUUUCCAAUUGUAAUAGCUCUCAUCAUCAAGCCAGUUUCAGUUUCCAGAACCUACCACAUGGGGGAGGCGGUGCAGCAUGAAUGAUUCUAAAUGCUUUGUCUUCGAAGGUGUUCCCCUGUCGCUCUUAUUAUCUGAGAAUAAGUAACUGGGGACAGUUGGACUCCUAAAAUGACAGGCCUUUUUAUUUUUAUUUUUAUUUUUUUUAACCAAAGCCAGCAACUGACUUGCCACAUUCCUCUGAUCGUGCAGUAUCUGCAUGAGUGGGAAAAUAGUGGCCUGGAGUCGGGUGAUGAGGGUUGUAUUUCUGAGGCUCAGUGCCUUCGUCUGUAAAAUGGUUGUGGUACUUUCAGACCCAUCAACCGCCUAGGCUGUUGUAAAAAUCUGGUUCAUUGGAUGUAAAGGGGCUUAAUAAAGAGUAUAAAUAUUUUUCAAAAUGAAAAUGACCUUUUUUUCUCACAGCAAAAGUAAUAUAUGCUUUUUAAAAAUCAUAGGAAAAUUGUAAAAAAAAUUUUUUUAAUGUACAAAAGUAUAAAACAAGCUCCAUCAGAGAUAUUUUGAUAUGUAUCCUUUCAGUGUCCGUAUUCCAAAAAUUUUUUUAAAAAACAGAUGUGGUAUUUAUGCAUACUGUUAUUUAAAUGUCUUUUUAAAAAAAUAUAUAUAUAUAUAGUUUGGUUAUCUCCAUGUCGUAAAUGAAUAUAGAGCAACACAAAUAUGUGCCAUCAUAUACAUUAUUGUAUACUGUUUUAUGAAUGUAUUAUAUCUUACAUUUUACCUAUAUUUUUCUGAAUCUUCAUGUUUGUCUGCCUAUAAAGAUACAUUCUGAUGGUAAAAAAUUGAAGUAUUACAGAAAGUGAAAAUGCACAUUGUUCACCUGCUAAAUAACUGUUUUUGAUAAUACGGUAUGUAUGCUUACAGAAUUUUUAAAAAUCUGUUCUAUUACAUACAUAUUAAUUGUAAAUAAAACUUCAUUCAAAAAAUA